AAAAAAUAAAAUAAAAAUAACAGACGAGAGCCGAGCAAAACGUGAAGCAACGUCGAGACGGGGCACGUUAAACGGCACAAAAGUGUAGUGUAGUUCUAGGCUUUAAGUUGUUUUUUCCCCUUAUUUUGGUUUUGUUUUUUUUUUAUUGCAAUCCUUUCAUUUGACACAAUAUACACACGCACAGUAAUACACGAUAACUACUCAGCGAUUAUGUUUAUUGGCAGCGCGCACAACAACCAAAAGUCCAGCAAAUAGCGCAAUGUUGCCCGACCAAACCCCAACCUAGUGAGUACCCCAAUGCCAAAGGAGAGCAACCAAAAUGCAUUCGGCGUGCUAACAUCUAGUUCCAUUUCAAGUGCAUACGCGCCAGGCACGUUCAAGUGACAGAGUGAGUGGAAGAGUGGGCGUGACAUCAGUGGGCGUGGCUCCGGCUGGAGAGCGAGUGUGUGUGUGAGCUGGACACGCGACAUCUGCAAACAUAAUCGCGGGCAAGGAAUACGAGAAACAUUCAGCCAUGAAUCUGAUCAACAUGGACUCGGAGAAUCGCGUCGUGCUCAAUGUGGGCGGCAUUAGGCAUGAGACAUAUAAGGCCACACUGAAGAAGAUACCAGCGACGCGUCUGUCCCGUCUGACCGAGGCGCUGGCCAACUAUGAUCCCAUACUGAACGAAUACUUCUUCGAUCGGCAUCCGGGCGUAUUCGCACAAGUGCUCAACUAUUACAGAACUGGUAAGCUGCACUAUCCCACAGAUGUGUGCGGUCCGCUGUUUGAGGAAGAAUUGGAAUUUUGGGGUCUUGACUCGAACCAGGUGGAGCCCUGUUGCUGGAUGACCUAUACACAGCAUCGUGACACACAAGAAACCCUAGCCGUACUGGAUCGCUUAGAUCUGGACACGGAAAAACCGUCCGAAGAGGAAUUGGCGCGCAAAUUUGGCUUUGAGGAGGACUAUUACAAAGGCACCGUAUCCUGGUGGCAGGAAAUGAAGCCACGCAUCUGGUCGCUAUUCGAUGAGCCUUACAGUUCCAAUGCCGCCAAGACCAUUGGCGUCGUCUCGGUAUUCUUCAUAUGCAUUUCGAUAUUGUCCUUCUGCCUGAAAACCCAUCCGGACAUGCGUGUGCCCAUCGUGCACAAUGUGACCGUGAAAACGGCAAACGGGAGCGCCGCCUGGUUUCUGGACAAGUCAAUGACCAAUGCGCACAUUGCCUUCUUCUACAUAGAAUGCGUUUGCAAUGCCUGGUUUACGUUUGAGAUACUGGUGCGCUUUAUCUCAUCGCCGAACAAGUGUGAAUUCUUAAAGUCAUCUGUUAACAUCAUAGAUUAUGUAGCGACGCUUAGUUUUUAUAUCGAUCUAGUGCUUCAGCGAUUCGCAUCGCAUCUGGAGAACGCUGACAUACUCGAGUUCUUCUCGAUCAUACGCAUAAUGCGGCUGUUCAAGCUGACACGCCACUCGUCCGGCCUGAAAAUCCUGAUACAAACGUUCCGGGCAUCGGCCAAGGAGCUGACACUGCUCGUAUUCUUCCUGGUGCUGGGCAUUGUGAUCUUUGCCAGCCUCGUCUAUUAUGCCGAGCGCAUACAGCCCAAUCCGCACAACGACUUCAAUAGCAUACCGCUGGGCCUGUGGUGGGCAUUGGUCACCAUGACCACUGUCGGCUAUGGUGACAUGGCGCCCAAGACCUACAUUGGCAUGUUUGUCGGCGCCCUGUGCGCCCUUGCCGGUGUGCUAACCAUUGCACUGCCAGUGCCCGUCAUAGUCAGCAACUUUGCCAUGUAUUAUUCGCAUACGCAGGCGCGGGCCAAACUGCCAAAGAAGCGAAGACGAGUGCUUCCCGUGGAACAGCCGCGACAGCCACACCGGCCAGGUGAGCGCGCUCCAGUCAGUGGCUGCGGCACACCUGGGUCUGGUCCACACUCGGGUCCCAUGGGCUCCGGCGGCACCGGACCGCGCCGCAUGAACAACAAAACCAAGGAUCUGGUCAGCCCCAAGUCAGUUGCUCAACUCUUCACAGGUCCCCUGGGCGCCAGCAUCGUUGCGAUGAGUCCACGCACCAUGUUAGAUCUGAAUCCGGCACUGGCCAUGGGUAAGCCCACAUUUCAGCCGCGUUUCCCGACACAGCUAGCGGCCACGCCCCCAACGACAGCGCCCCCAACAAUACCAGUGACACUGGCAACAGCAACAGCCACGGCUGCGGGUGCAGCGGCUGCAGCCGCAUCUGGUACAAUGCCAGCGGUGCCCAGCAUAGCAGUGUCCACCACCGCCAGCCUGGGCAAGGAUAGCACCGGCACCGGCACCACAACGACGACCAGCACCACUCUGGAGGCGACCAAGAAGGCAUUUCUUUAAAGGGAAUUGGAACAAAUGAAACAUGAUGAAAUUCUCAAUAAUCCCAUCAAGCAAUAUUUAGCCUAUAACCUAUCAUAACCUUCGCAUACGUAUGACUACUUACGAGUAAUUAUCUCGAAAAAUCUAUUAUCACGCAAGCUAACAUAGACUCCCCAUAUUCGGCCAUAUCAUGACAUACAUAUUACUGUAGCUAUAUAAGUAUUAUUACAAUUAAUAAUGCAUCGGCACUGCUUGGCGUUUUAAACAGAUACUGAACAAGUUUUUAAUGACGAAGUUUUUUUUAGUAUUUUAUUUAGCGUGGUUAUCGAUCGAUCCAUUUUAUAUAAAUCCAUUAUUAGCCAGAAAUAGCCAGAAUUGUAUAUACUACAUAGCCAACGAUUUUAACAGCCGUAGGACUCAAGAACAAUAAACAAUGUUUUUUAUUCGGUUUGCCAGUUCCUUAAGUAUUGUCCAAGGACAGUUGUGUUUCGAAAGCUUUAAUUUCAUCUAGAAUCUAGACACAGCAUCAAAUCAGCUAUGCCUUUCCUUUUAAAGCUCAACAGUUCCCAAAGCUAAGUGUUCUCUAUUUUUUAUGCCUCAACUGAUAAAAACCAACUCAAGUAGCUGGACUUUGGUUCGUGCUGUGCUAGCGUUUCUUUGCUUAGAAGCUUUGUUAUUGCCUAAUUAGAAAAUAUGAGCGUGGUUCA